UGCGCAGGCCCCUCAGUCGCUUGUGAGCGCUGAACACGUGAUUAACGCGAUUUUACGCUCCUCCUCAUAGUGCUUAUCACGCACACGUAACUGCGCAAUCGGUAGUUGUAAAGUUUAUAAACAUACAAUUGCCCGGGAAAACUUGGAAUUCUUUGAAAACAUUGCAAUUAUCAGUGAAAUUUAUUGGUGAAUUGAAAUAACGUUUCGAGUUACUGGGAAGUUUUGUUGUGCGCGGCCACCUCCCAACCUCGUGUGUGAGAGUUACAGCAUAUUGUUGGUUUUGGACCGUGUGCAAUAAUCGCGGGAAAUUCAGUGAAAUCUUGACUUGCUAUUACUUUGGAAAAGUCUAGUAAGAACUUGUGCUUCGUCAUUGUGACGACUUUGGAACCCCGCGUUUAUGCGCCUUCGAAUUUGAAUCAUACACAUAUCACUCCAUCUUUCUCAUAUACACGCAAGUGCGUCGGCGUUGCCAGAUCAACACACCGAGUGACGAAUUUAUAAUUUCUCGCAUGAUCAGUGGAACAUCGUCUUCUCUUGUUAGUGUGUGAGUGUGUUUGUGCAAAAUUAAGCGUGGAUUUUAAAAAAAAAUUUGUUUUUGUUUAGCGAUUUUGAUUCCAGUAAAGGGGAUAACAAGUGUUGAGCGAACAAAACUUGACGCUGAUGAAAGGUCGACAGUGUUGCCGUUACGACGAUACCGCGGUUCUUAAAGACUUUCCAUGAAUCUUCCAUCUCUCAAAGACCUCGUUUAUUCAGUCGAAAAGCGAUUCCCGCCAUUUUUAAUCUUAUGAAAUCGUGUUGAAUUUUUAAGAGACGCUACAAUCAUAAAGAACGUUUUUUUAUUUAAGAAAUAGAAUUCUAUUGUGACCAGAAAAUUUUAUUUCUAAAAUUAAUACAAAUGCAGAGGGAGAAAGUUUAUUUCUACCGAAAUAUAAAGGAGAAGUUUUAGUAGGAAUAAAAAACUGAACGUUAAUCAACGCUACGUUUUUUGUGCGAAGCAGGAGAGGUUGUCUAUUUUCCCAGUGACAAACAUGAGCGCGCGAGUGUUAAACCCAGCGAUGAUGACGGAAGUGGGUCGUAAUCUUGGUGGUGCACGUGCAGCACCGAGCAGAGCAGCAUUGGCCCGUGUUAGGAGAGACUUGUUUGGUCCUGUUGACCAUGCAGCAGCCAGAGCACUUGCUGAGAAGGAGCUUCGAGCACAAUCGAUUCUUGAUGCCGAGAGAUGGGGUUUCGACUUUCGUCUGGAAAUGCCCAAGGAUAAUGAUCGGUACGAGUGGGAAACAAUCUCCUCGCAAGAAGUGGUCCCGGAACCUUAUGCGCUUCGGGGCAUGCCCUACUUGCGUAAACAUGCGCCGGCAACGCCAAGAAAACAUGCUUCUCCGAAAACCGUUCGCCAGGAGUCGAGAAGCUUCAUUUCGUCGACGCCUAUCGCAAACUUCUCUGAAAAUGCUGAGAGAACACCGCCUCAAGAACCACGAGUACCGGAUAUUGGUGACACGACAUUGGAAGAAAUCACUCAUGUUACAACAAUCACUGAAAUAUGCUGUAAAAAUGAAUGCAUUCAAGAACCAAUCACACCCACUCUUUCUACCACCUCAAGAAAACAGAGUUCCAUUACCGAUUUCAUGAAGAGUCGCAAACGCACGAUAAACGGGACCACAAAGAGUAUGGUGGAGCCACCAGAGAAGGUUGCACGCAACGCGGGCCAUCAGAUACGCAGCUAAGCGGCGCUGAGUUCCACCUCCUCUUGUUCUUCUGUUCGUUUUAUUUGUAUUUUUUUACUAUUUUUUUUUAAUUCUCUUCAUCUCCUCUGCGUCGGAGAGACAAACAAAUGCGCGCGCGCAACUCGCCCACACUUUCGACUCCGCCAAGAGGAGGCAAAAGCAAGAUGGGACAGAAGCGCAAGGUCCUUUGGCUGUGCCAUUCACGUAGUAGAUUUAUCCUCUAGCUAGAGUGAGCGAGAAGCUAUUAUACAAAGCGAAAAAGAGAGAGAGAGGUUAAUUGUUCUCUUUCAUUUUGUUUAACAAACUUAUGGAUACGCCUCAUUUUUGAAAUAUUCUUUUACUACAAAUUUCAUUUAAAAACAAAAAGUUACAGAUAGAUUUCUCUUUCUUUUGAAAAUUUCUUUUUAAAAAAGGGAAAACUGAAGAGAGGAGGGGGAGGAAAUGUGUGAUUUUCUUAAAACAAA